GGGUGAUUCAACGUGACACAUUUACACAGUUCAAUUCACUCGACCUUAAGCAUCUCUAAGCUUGUCGUUGUUCGAGGUACACACCUACAUUUUCUAUCAUCUUCGGGCGUCGUGAAAGCACCAUGGAAGAGACCAAUGACAGCAAUGACUCUAUCACCACAAAAAUAGAGGUUGCUACGCAUGGUGACGUUAUCCUUGUGGUCGGUCCACACAACAAGAAGAUUCGAGUCUAUUCCUCCGUUCUCAAAAACGCAUCGAAGUAUUUCAGGGUUAUGUUCGGACCACACUUUGCUGAAGGCCAAAAUCUGGAUAGUGAUAACCCUAAGGAAGUUUCCAUGACAGAAGAUAAUGCACACGCCUUAGAGGUUAUCUGUAACGUCAUCCAUCUCCGAAACGAUGCAGUGCCACAUUCUCUCAGCCCUAAGGAGAUCUUCGAAAUCGCUACAGCUGCCGAUAAAUUUGAUUGCGUCGUUGCUCUGAGAUAUGCCAGCGCAAUUUGGCUGAAUCCGAAAGGUGUUGAGGAUAUCUUAGAGUUGGGUUAUCUCAUGGCUGCCGCCUACAUUUUGGACGAUGCGCAGGCCUUCGGUGAUAUUACAAUCUCGAUGAUGCUCCAUCAUCAAGGUUCUUACCUUCCGCUCGCCGAUCAAGUUGUCGGUCUGACUGAUUGGGUUCCAUGGAAGGUUCUUUAUCUCUUAGAAGAGCGAAGAAACAGGAUGCGCACAGAACUGCAGCACAUAUUGUUCAAUGGAUCAACGGAUGCCGGAAUGGACGAGAGCAGUUCGUGCACUUGCGCAUGGGGAGCUGUUCAUAGUCUUGCUCACACAGAACUUCUACAACAUGAAGAUCUUCGGCCGUUGCAGGUACUGGAUGUCACAGUAUCAAAAAUCGUUGAAAAGAUGGAGCAGAUGCGUGAUCCACUCAUGCCCAAGCAAUGGGAACGCUGUGAUUAUCGCUGGCAUGGAGAACCUCGCUAUAGAGCAACGCGCGGUGACAGGCUAAAUGGAUUUCGUGAGAGAAACCGCCUCUGUCUCGAUUGCGUACGAGAUGGAACCACGACUACGAACCAGGUUCACAGGACUAAAGGUUGCAUCACUAAUCAGAGGAAAUUCCCAUGGGAAUCUUGAUGGAGAGUAGUGCCAGUGCCUCAUUAUGUCAGUUUGGAAAUAUCUAAGCUAUGCAGUAUGAUCCAUCCGGCCAUGGAUUUGCGGCUGAUGGCCGGAGUUAGAAUCAGAAAUUUGACAAGAGCUCCUUGACCACUUCAUACGCCUCUUUGACCAGGC